CCAAAGGCUUCAAUCCCAAUGUGCCAUCACAUAGGCUGGUUCCGCUCACUUCUGGGACGCACACUAUCAACUUAUAAGAGGAGACCGCUGAUCCUUCCUUUCUUCUCAAAUCGCUUUGUCCCUUGCCCCUUUUCCUUCUCCCAGAGUAUAACUUUCCAAGCGACCAGCUCUCCACACCCACAGAAAUCUACCUACCAUGGAUUCGAUUCGACACCUUAGUCAGUCUGACCAUCGAGACUCUGCUCGAACCUCCCAUCGAGAGCAGCAUCGAGCUGCACCUGUGCCUCCUGCCCGACCAGACCCCAGAGACUUGGUCUUGGAUAAUCCGUUGCCCCCGCCUCCGCCUCCUCUGCCCAAGGAUUAUCGGUACCAGCAUCCGAGGCCACCGACUCUGGAUAGAGCUACCCCUUCGCCGCCGCCUCGACCAAUUGGUCCUUACCGACCUCUUUUCUCUUCCUCUUCCUCUUCUUCUCCCAGGACCACCGCGCCCUCUCCAGCCCCCGCCCACGCCUACGCUGAGCCGACCACUGCUCAGGAGCCCAAGAGCCCAUCUCGUCCUCGUUCAGCAAGCGUCGGAGAGCUUUCGGACACCUCAAUGUCACGCUCGAGCCAUGAUCACCGACACUCGACGUCUCGAAGCCUUCGUCGAGUAGCGCUCGCCCAAGUCCAGCAUCGCGAUGAGCAAGAAGCUCGACAUCGAGCGGCUCGUGAGGCCGAUGCAUACUAUGCCCCUUCCAGCGUGGACGAUGGGGCCAGUAUCUACUCGCUGUCCUCCUCUAUCGCAGCCGCUGUGCCUCCUAUGCCUCAGCGAGAGGCGUUUGAACGUGCGGCGGAUGCAUCUGACCGAGCUGGUUUGGGCCAGUAUCGAGCAGAGCAGCGAUACUUUGAGGCGAUAAAGCAAUGGCGUCGAGCUGCUAGGGAGAUUCGAAAGCGAGAGAAAGCUAGAGAAGCAAAGGUAGCGGCAGCGGUCGAGAGUGAGGUAUCGCAACGUCGAGCGCAUCGAGAACAGCGGCAUAGGGAGCAAGAGGCCACUCACGAAAGGCACCACCGAGUCGCCCAGUUGGAGCAGGAGCACAGUGAGGAGAGGACAACCGAUGUGGUCAAGUUCGCGAUGCGAAAGGAGCUCGAAGAGUUGAGAGCGGAGCUGGCGAAAGAGCGCAAGCAGAGGGAGAAGGAUAACGAGGCAAAGGAAAUGGUCACGGCCAAGUUGGAGGAAGAUCUCACCUGUGCCAUUUGCUCGGGUAUAUUGGUCGAAGCACAUCAGACGAACUCCUGUGGACAUGUCUCGUGUGGGUCGUGCGCGGUCAACUGGCUCCAGACGCAGGUCGAGGAAGGCAAGGAACCCUCGUGUCCACUCUGUCGAACCCAUGUCAACCUCUACGUGCCCAUUUUGGCCGUUCGAGCGCUUGACGAGAUGGUCAAGACGUGGGUAGAGGGUAAAAUGAAAGCUUCGGAAGGGCCUUGGGAGCUGUACAACGAUUUCCUCGACCGGCAGGACCGAUGGGCAGCGUGGAAGUCGGUCCAUCCGAAAUUGUUUGACCCUGAGUUGUUCCCCGAGACUGUACAGGGGUUCCGACCACCACACUCACGAGCCGAAAUCACUCAAGAAGUGUACGAGACUGAAUACCUCGAAGAAGCGCUGGACGAGGACCCUCGACAGGACCUCCCUACCAUCUUUCAAGGUCUAGAAGUCGAGUCGGUGGAGUAUGGUCAGCGUCAGUAUCACGAGUCCGAAAGGACUUGGAGAACGUAUCACCAUCACAGAAGUACCAGUCGACCGAGACAUGGCGUGUUCUAUACCGAUGACUUUUUGCCUCGGGUCAACCCUCACACUGCGCUGCAGGAGGAAGUUCAUCGCCGGCCUCCGUCGCCUGGACUCGUCGGCGCGAGACUCGCCAACGGGUUGGUGAGACGAAUGAUCGGCGACUUUGAGAGGAUCGAGAGGGAGAUGCAGAGGGAAGCGAUAAGGGAUAUGACGAUGAUGAUGAGUAGAAGAGGCUAAAAAGAAGUUGGCAUCAACUCGGAUAUGUAGCCGAAAUCUGAUGCCCUUGAUCCGUGGACUGUUCCGCCCUGUAUCGAACAGAGACGUGUAUCCCUAUAGCGUUCAACGUAACGGAUAUUCUGUCUUGCGUCGUUAUUGUCCGUCUCAUGGUCUUGACGAGAAAGGG